AUUAGAGGUAUACUCUGCCUAAUUUACAACCAUGUGGCCCAUGUGAAUAACGAAGCAUCAUAUUUUUUUUCAUCUGACUUUUAUUUAUGUAACUCUUCUGAGAACUAUUACCUUUUUAUUGCAUAGAGGUAAAGAAUUAUGGAGUUUUACUUACAAACAUGUAUUAAAAAAUAGUCAUUGCAACCAUUUUUUUGAGAUAGAUUUCAAAUUCAUCAGCCUUGAGUCACUGCCACAAGUUAAACACAAACUAAUGGGAAGUAAUUAGCUUGAUGUUUGGCAGUGAAGCGGUUAAAAUAGAAGGUGCUUUCCUCUUGGUUUCUCAGGUGUCAGGAGCAGCACGCGCAGCAGCAACGGAUACUGCCAGAGUCUGUAAGGAAAAGAUAGAGAGGAGAGGAGGGAAGAGGAGAAGAGACCAAAAGAUAAGGCAGAAAAAGAGAAGAGAAAGAGUCAUAGGCCAAGUUAAGAUGAGAACAGAAAGAAAGAAAGGGAAAAGAGAUGAGAUGCUAGAAGAAGAGGACAAAAAGUGCACAGUCACCAAGCAGGAGAGCCUAAGCAACAGUGCAGUGGAUCUAACAUCUCUGAUGACACAGACUUAAGUGUCUGCUGGAGAUGAACCAAACACUCCUGACAGAUUCAGACAAACCAACAAGAAAGAGGUGCUCUCGAUGCACUUAGCCGUCGGCAGCGAGAGGAAAAUGCAGACUCAUGCUUCCUAUUUUUAACGAGGGAUCAUGAGCAGAGGUCUCCAAACAAUCAGGGAUCCUUGAAGGAUUUUUCUAAAUGACUGAUGAGCGGAAGACGCAGUCCUGUUUCAUCUGAGGAGAGCAAGACAGUGGAAAAACUUCAAGUGUGACUAAAAGACCUCUCGGGCUCGACCACAAUGCCAGAACGAAUAAAUGACUUCCAGGGCCAGAGCUUUCACAAGCUGAGGCGGGCCUGCCUGCGCCGAGGUGCUCUCUUCAAGGAUCCUCUAUUUCCUGCCACCAACCAGUCCCUCUUCUACAAGAGAGAGCCUCCACUGGGACUGACCUGGAAGAGGCCUCGGGAGAUAUGUAAGGAUCCUCGUCUGUUUGUCGAUGGCAUCAGCACUCGAGAUUUGCACCAGGGCAGUCUGGGUAACUGCUGGAUGGUGGCAGCCAUUUCCUGCCUUGCGUUUGAAGCCAUGCACUGUGGAAAGAAGGUCAUUCCUGACCACGUGGAUCAGGAAUGGAACCCAAAGCGUCUGGACCUGUACGCUGGAAUCUUUCAUUUCCGGUUCUGGCGUCAUUGGCCGCUGGAUGGAUGUGGUGGUUGGAAUGAUCGUCUGCCAGUCAGCAAAGAUGGAAGUGCUGCCUCUUCAUGCCGCUCGGCCACACCGAGAGAGUUUUGGAGCGCGCUGCUAGAGAAGGCCUACGCCAAAUCGGGCUGUCACAUGCUGGUCUUUCAGGCUAAAAUGGGUGCUAUGAGGCCCUUGGAGGGAGGAAACACUGCAGAGGCCCUGAUUGACUUCACUGGUGGGGUUUCUGAGCCUUUUAGUCUGGAUCGUGAGGCCCUCAGCUUGAACAGCGACCAGAGGAGAUCAUUCUUCCAGACAUUAGCUAAGGUCCAUGAACGCAAAUCCCUCAUCACCUGCUCCAUACGGGUAAGGCUAGGGGAGACGGUGGAGUCCGUUUUGGAGUGUGGGCUCGUGCGAGGACACGCCUACGGGAUCACAGCAGUGAGGAAGGUGAGGCUGGUGAAGACAGGCGGGACAUCACGACUCUUUAUGGUGCGCAUGAGGAACCCGUGGGGGACGACGGAUUGGACGGGCGCCUGGAGUCAAGGGUCAGAGCAGUGGCAACAACUGAGUCGAGCAGAGAGGGAGAAGAUGGGGCUCAUUGUUCGUGAUGUUGGGGAGUUCUGGAUGGAUUUCGAGGACUUCUGCCACCACUUUACUGACGUGGUGGUGUGUCGGCUGGUGGACAGGACUCUGCUGUGGCCAAGCUCUCACUGGAUAGAGGAACGCUGCUAUGGGGAGUGGGCUCUGGCUCCCACCAAUCCCGGACCACCUCCACCCACCGUGCUCCAGAGCAGCUGCACAAUGACCCUGGGUAAAAGCAACAUCAAACCUGGAGCGACCAAGCAGCAAGGGAACCGAAAGGAGGCCAGACUCAGGGAGAGUCAGCAGGAGAGAGGGAAAAGAGGAAGGUGUGAUCCUGACAGGAGAAAAGCAACAACGGAAGAUGACGGAGGGGAGGUGGAUGGAGUGUGGGAGGCGCAGAUGGACAAGAGGAGUCGAUGUGGGGGAUGCAUCAACCACAGGGACACUUUUCUGCACAAUCCACAGUUCAUGUUUGAGGUAUGUGGCAAAGAGGAGGAGGUGCUGAUCUGUCUGCAGCAGGAGGACCGAAGGAUAAGGAGGAAAAAUGGAGGAGGAGAAAACCUGCCUAUCGGCUUUGAGGUGCUAAAGGUGGAGGUGAACCGCUGCAGCCGGGUGCAGUGUGUGGUGGAGCAGGCAGCCAGCUCCGUCUACAUGGACUCCCGCAGCGUGACACUGAGGGCCACUCUGGCUCCGGGGCGCUACGUUGUGCUGCCCACCACCUUCCUGCCAGGGACCACCGGACGCUUCCUGCUACGCCUCCUUUCCCACUCUCCCGUCAGACUCAGGGAAUUGACAGAGGACUUGCCAUCUCCCUCUGUGUUUCACUGCUUUCUACCUCAGCCCACAAUGGUGACCACGGUCCAUCUCCGCAGGGCGUCAGGACUCAGCCCUCCCAAGCAGACAGUUCCAGAUAUUUACGCUGUAGUGCGAUGUGAGAACGACACCAUCAGGACACGAGUGUUCAAGGAGGAAGGAAACCCAGAAUUCAAUCUCAGGAUCAUCUUCUACAGGAGACGCCCUAACACGCACAUCUCUGUCGAGUUAUGGAGCAGAGGUCUGCUGUGGGACUCGCUGCUCGGCGAGGCUCGACUCCAGACGGCGGAGUGUGAAAGGAGCCGGAGCCAUGUGAUUGAUCUGCGAGGUGGACAGUCUCGUUCAGGAUUCAGAGGUUGUGUCUACGCUGAGACGUCCUCCAGUGUCUGCCUCACAGACUUGUGACAGCAUCUAUCUGGUUGCCCUGGUAACCACUGUCCUCUUAGGUAGAGACUAAUGGACAAACAGCAGUUUGAUCAACCAAUAAAAAACUUCAAGGACUUGCAGCAACACUGAGCUGAACAGUUCCUAAAAACAUAUAUAAAGAAAAGGUGCUGUAGCUGCUUUAACACAUUUUACAUUUAUAGGUGUAGCAGCGCUGCCUCUGCACUGGAAACCAAGUGUGUGAAGGGUUUGGAAGCAGAGUGGUCUUACCCAUCAUGAAGGGCUGCACAGUGGAUUGGUGGUUUGCAUUUUCACCUUGUAGCAAGAAGAUCUGAAGAUUCCUGGUCCCGCCCCUCCACGACCCUAAUGAGGAUUAAGCGAUGUAUAAAUAAUGGAUGGAUGGAAGAAUGGUCCAACAUUCGAAGUGCCGCUGUAAUGCUAUAUUUGAGUAGAGGGUUAGACCACAUAGCCACUAAAAUCUAGACCAUAAAAUAUUACAGAAAUUCAAUAAAACUCAGUUUGGAUUUUUUGUGAGUUCGACCAUUCUGCUUCUAUCCCCCUCAUUUAAAAGACGCUCCCUGCUGAUCUGCUGGUCAGAUACACAGGCUGGCAUCUUCAUGACUGCUCCCAUUUAUUUUAUUUUAUGGCAUGUAUUUAUUAUUGGUGUUUUGUCAGUGCUUUGAUUUUUUUUACUGUUGUCAUUAAAAUGGUCAUAUUUUGUGUUAUUAUAACGUAUUUGAAUGUAAACACAUAAA